AGAAGAACAGCGAAUCUGAGCCACAAGUUCCACAACCGACAUCAACAAACGACAACUCUACGAUACCCAAUUAAAGUCAAUCAGAUCCAACUCCCGGCUGGCCGUCACGGGUUUUCGGGGUAACACCGGGAAUUAUACCUUUAGGGUAUUCUUCCAAGGUCCUGACAACCAGUUACGAUUUAUUGACAAGAUAAGCACAAGCUCCAAUUGGUCAAGUCCCGUCAUCUUAGAUUCGUUGGAUUAUGGGCCGAUGGCGAACGGGUCGAUCACUGCUGGGGCAUACCUCGCCUUCCAGCCUGUGAGUUGCUUUUCACGAUGAAUUCCUCUGCAUUAUCAAUCGAGUUCUGACGAGAGCAAUACAAAAUCGAGUUCUUCUACGUCGACAAGUCAUCAACGAUCCGCUCUCAACUCUUCGACCCUAAUUACCAAGAGGUCCCCCUGAAAGGUGCCCGAGGUAGCAUGAACGACUACCCCCUGGUGGUCCCCAAUGACACCAACAUCGCGAGCUACUUCCCUUACGUCUUGUCCCAAGAUGCGGACGACCAGCUUCGAUGGACAACGAUGCUGGGCCAAAACGGGAGCCAUUUGUCUGCUCCGUGGUGGGUAAACGACACCGACCUCAAUGCUGUCGGCUCUACAGGCACUGGUAUGACCCUGUUGCCGGUGCGUCAACAAUACUUACAUUCUGGCGGUAUAAUCUACCGAACUACCAAUGGGAAGCUUGCGAGCAAGAUCCGGGACAGCGAUAUGGACGUCAAUGCUGACGCUGCGUGGACCAAGGGAUCGCUUUCCACAGACAUCCCAGAAGACUCGCCCAUUGCCGCUUUUACAGUGGGCCGGCCGUACAAUAGCGAUGACCAGGUUAAUACAUACAUCCUGUAUCAGGACGCCUUGGGGACAGUGCAAGUUGUCUGGCAGGACGACGACUCGGGGUGGAAAGGGCCGGAGACUUAUGAUGCAAUCUCUAAUGCUGAGAAAGGAACGGACAUCACUUGCCUAACGCAGGCAGCUUGGGACGCGCGUAGGGUCACGGUCUCGAAGGAACAGGACAUGAAUCAAUGUUUCUUUCAGGAGAAAGGCACUAGAAGGUUAAAGGAGGUGUGGUUCAAUGGCACAGAUUGGAAUCAUGUAGGGUAUGUACCAUUAGAUUAAAAAUUUGUUGUAGUUCAGACUGGGUUAAAGAAAGAUGAAAGAAGCCAAGGUGCUUGUAUGUAAUCAUCUCUACGCAGCCAAAUCGUUGGUUUGAUUGGUUGUAAAAUUCCACGUACCUACACUCGGGUGUCCAGCCA